AGUCUGAAAGAACGCGGAUUAUCGCGAUCUGCUUAUGAGUCGGCUGUAAAAGACGUGAAAGCUCAAUUGACACGGCAAAGAACGAACGCAGAAACGGCAUUCGAAGCGAAGCUUCGUGCAGAACUUGAGACGGAACUGGUUAAAUAUCGGCGUGCUCAGCUUCUGAUGAUGCACAGCAACGAGAAACGGCUAGAUGAGGAGGAUCUUAACGUAUUGGAACGUCAAAUGGAUAAUCGACACGCCAUGUUGCUGCGUCAUCACGAGGCAACAAGGGACGUUGAAGUCGCUCAGCUGAAGGAGACCCAAACAAUGAGGAAGCGCCACCAA